ACAAAAUAUUUUUGCGCAAUAAAUACAAUAUUCCUAAUGAAUUUAACAUUAUUAUUUCAAAAAUCUAUAAUACUUCAAUAUAGUCAAUGGAUAUUUAUAUCAAUUAUAACAAUAAUUGCCUUUCACUGGUUCUUUAAAUAUUUACAUAGGAUUUGGCCACUUGGAAAAACAUUGGAUCAUAAUCAUAUAAUAGAAAAUGAAGAACAAGAUGAAUAUACUCCUGCAUUAGAAGAAAAUGAGCAUAUUCCAUAUGAAGGAGCUACAAUAAAACUACCAGGUGGUGCUGAACAAUUUUAUGAAAUGGUUCAUAAUCGACGCAGUGUACGAUCUUUCAAAUCACAUCCCAUUCCUUCCUUAAAAGUAAUAGAAACCUGUAUUAAAGCUGCUGGCACUUCUCCAAGUGGUGCCCACACCGAACCUUGGACUUUUUGUGUUGUUAGUAAUAAGGAAUUAAAACAACGUAUACGUGAAAUAAUUGAAUUCGAAGAGGAAUUAAACUAUAAGCAACGAAUGAGUCGUCAGUGGACAACGGAUUUGCGGCCAUUAAAAACUGAUCAUAUCAAACCUUAUUUAACGGAUGCUCCUUAUCUUUUAUUGAUAUUUAAACAGAUUUACGGUUUCACCAAAUCUGGCAAACGUAAACAACAUUAUUAUAAUGAAAUUUCUGUGUCUAUUGCAACGGGAAUUUUACUGUGUGCUCUACAGGCAGCUGGUUUGAGUUCACUUGUCACCACACCUUUAAACUGUGGUCCAUUUUUACGAGAUCUAUUGAAUCGUCCCGCUAAUGAGAAAUUACUUGUUCUUUUGCCAGUCGGUUAUCCGGCAGAUGAUUGUCGAAUUCCUGAUUUGCAGCGUAAGGAUCUAAAUGAUAUUAUGCAAAUGUAUUAACAGAUGCAAAUCUAUUAUUAUAUUAUGUAUAAUAUACACAUGUAUGUAUGUACAUAUUAUGUAUGAAUGUAAACAAAAAUUGUUGGAGUUUGUAGAUCAAGGCGAAUUUAUAUAAAAUUAAAUUUUUAUAAUAACCGA